UAGGCCUUCCGAUCGGCAGUGCGCAGUAGCGUCGGGAAGCACCACCGCGCCGCCUCCGUUCUACUCCUGCCCCGUCGUCGGUCAGUGCCGGUGGAGGCCCGAAGGACGACGUGAUCUACAUCGGCGCAGCACCUACACUCACGCCAUGGACGUCUCCGGAUCUGCUCCUUCCGCCAACGACGGUCGAAACCCUAAACUAUUGAUCUAUAUGUUUCUACUAAAUUGUAAUAGAUCUAGUGUAUGCACAUAUAUAUAAAUGUCACUGUAUGCAUUGUUUUAUCCCGAAACCCCGUUCAUCCUAUUGCUAGUAGAUCCUGUAGAUCUAUCACUCCCACGUCGCGCCGGGAUGGCCGGAGGCUGCCGCUGCCGCCGUCGCCGUGGGGCCUCCCGCUGCUGGGCCACCUCCACUUGCUGGGCGCGCUGCCGCACCGCUCGCUGGCGUCCCUGGCGCGCGCGCACGGCCCGGUGCUGCUGCUCCGCCUGGGCCGUGUGCCCACCGUGGUGGUGUCCUCCGCGGCCGCCGCCGAGGAGGUGAUGCGGGCGCGCGACCUGGCGUUCGCGAGCCGGCCACCCAGCGCCAUGGCCGAGAGCCUCCUCUACGGCCGCGACGUCGCGUUCGCGCCCUACGGCGAGUACUGGCGCCAGGCGCGCCGCGUCAGCGUCGUCCACCUCCUCAGCGCGCGCCGCGUCGGGUCCUUCCGCCGCGUCCGGGAGCAGGAGGCCACCGCGCUGGCCGCCCGGGCCAGCACCGGCGCCGGAGGCGCGGCGGUCGACCUCAGCGAACUCCUCACCGAGUACGCCAACGCCGUCGUGUCGCGCGCCGCGUUCGGUGACGAGAGCGCGCGCGGGCUGUUCGACGAGUUUCAGUCCGGCCGUCGGCAGAGGAAGGUGUUCACCGACUUCCAGAAGCUCAUCGGGACGGUGCCGGUCGGGGAGCUGCUGCCGUGGCUGGGCUGGGUGGACGCCAUCACCGGGCUGGAGGGGAAGAUCAGGCGGACGUUCGAGGCGCUCGACGGGCUGCUCGAGAAGGUGAUUGACGACCACCGCCGGCGGCCUCGCGGAGAGGGUGACGGCGAUGGUCGGGAUUUCGUGGACGUGUUGCUGGACGUCCACAAGAACGACAAAGAGGUCGGCAUCCAACUAGCGACCAACGAAAUCAAGGCCAUCAUCUUGGACAUGUUCGCGGCAGGCACGGACACGACAACCACGGCGAUGGAAUGGGCCAUGGCGGAGCUCGUCACGCACCCGCGCGCCAUGCGCAGAGCCCAGGACGAGGUCCGCGCGGCGGCGGCCGGCUCCACCGGCGUCAACGAGGACCACGUCGCGCAGCUGGACUACCUGAAGGCUGUGGUGAAGGAGACGCUCCGGCUGCACGCGCCGUUGCCGCUGCUGGUGCCCCGGGAGCCGGCGGCGGACGCCGAGAUCCUGGGGUUCCACGUCCCGGCGAGCACACGCGUGCUGGUCAACGCCUGGGCCAUCAGCCGGGACCCCGCGACGUGGGAGCGCGCCGAGGAGUUCGUGCCGGAGAGGUUCUUGGGAUCCGCCGUCGACUUCAGGGGGCAGCACUUCGAGCUGCUGCCGUUCGGCGCCGGCAGGAGGAUGUGCCCCGGGAUCCGGUUCGCAGAGGCAAGCGCCGAGAUGGCACUGGCGAGCUUGCUGUAUCAUUUUGACUGGGAGGCCGCCGGCGGGCAGGGGAGCCGGGAAGGGACGCCGACGCCGUCGUUGGACAUGACCGAGGCGAAUGGGUUAGCCGUGCAUAUUAAGUCCGGUCUGCCGCUUCUAGCUAAGCCGUGGGUCCCUUAAAUUGUUGUCAUUUAUCACUGGGAGGACUGCACGAUAAAAGAUGAACUCGUACUCCAGUCAUCA